AUGUCAUGUGUUUGUAAGAACGAUGUCUCACCGGUCAAGCGAGUCUGCUAUAAAGCAGUUCGUCAUGUUCGUGAACCUGAAACACUUCACGUUAGGGAUUCGGUGGUUGUGAAAGCACUUGAUGGAACCUGUAAUUAUGGCAAAGUAACGCGUAUUUUCUUAGACGAAGACUCUGGUUUGUUCAUUUUUACUAAAUGUUCUCUGAAAUUCGGACGUUUUGUGCACCUCUUUUAA